AUGGAGGCCAUCUGGCUGUAUCAGUUCCGGCUGAUUGUCAUCGGGGAUUCCACGGUGGGCAAGUCGUGUCUGAUCCGCCGCUUCACCGAGGGCCGCUUUGCCCAGGUUUCGGACCCGACGGUGGGGGUGGAUUUCUUCUCCCGUCUGGUGGAGAUCGAACCCGGAAAACGCAUCAAGCUCCAGAUCUGGGAUACCGCGGGUCAAGAGAGGUUCAGAUCCAUCACUCGUGCCUACUACAGGAACUCAGUAGGUGGUCUUCUCUUAUUUGACAUUACCAACCGCAGGUCUUUCCAGAAUGUCCACGAGUGGUUAGAAGAGACCAAAGUACACGUCCAGCCCUACCAAAUUGUAUUCGUUCUCGUGGGUCACAAGUGUGACCUGGAUACACAGAGGCAAGUGACUCGCCACGAGGCUGAGAAACUGGCUGCUGCGUAUGGCAUGAAGUAUAUUGAAACGUCAGCCCGAGACGCCAUUAAUGUAGAGAAGGCCUUCACAGACCUGACGAGAGACAUAUAUGAGCUGGUGAAAAGGGGGGAUAUUACCAUCCAGGAGGGCUGGGAAGGGGUGAAGAGUGGAUUUGUCCCCAACGUGGUUCACUCUUCAGAAGAGGUAGUCAAAUCAGAGAGAAGAUGUUUGUGCUAG